AUGGGAGAAUUCGCUUCAGAUUCUGAGGAUUCGGAUGCCGAAGGAGGAUUGGGAAAUGUGUCGCGUGUCAUUAUUCGUCCUCCAGGAGUGAGCGGAAAGGCAAAACGGGGUCAUUUAUGCUUUGAUGCGGCUUAUGAGACGGGAAAUCUCGGGAGAGCUGACUUGGUUGGUGAAUUUGAAUACGAUUUGUUCUUGCGACCUGAUACGUGUAACCCAAGAUAUCGGUUUUGGUUCAAUUUUACCGUGGAUAAUGUCAAACAGGAUCAAAGAGUAAUUUUUAACGUCGUUAACAUCAGUAAAGCUAAAAAUUUGUUCCGUGAUGGCUUGACUCCUCUCGUGAAAUCAUCUCUACGCAACAAAUGGGCACGAAUUCCACGGGAAAAUGUAUUUUAUUAUCGUUCAGCUGCUCAUCAAGGACAUUAUGUGCUGAGUUUUGCAUUUGCUUUUGAUAAAGAAGAUGAAAUUUAUCAAUUUGCACUUGGAUAUCCUUAUAGUUAUUCGAAAUUACAAACUUAUCUACAGGUUUUGGAGCAAAAAUAUCCGGGAAAUUUUGAGAGAUUUAGUCUCGGGAAUAGUAUUCAAAAUCGUCGCCUCGAGCUAAUAACCAUCGACAACGUAAAAAAACCCGAAAAAGUUGAUCCGAAAAAUCUCGUUCGCGUAAUUGUCAUCAUCGCACGCGUUCAUCCCGGCGAAAGUCCCGCAUCGUUUGUCGUUCAGGGCUUAUUAGAGUUCUUAGCUGCCAAUAAUCACCCAAUUUCGAAGAUUUUACGAGAGAAUAUCGUCUUCAAGAUCAUUCCGAUGAUCAAUCCAGACGGAGUGUUUUUGGGCAAUAAUCGCUGUAAUGUGGUAGGACACGAUUUGAAUCGUUCCUGGAAUCAUAUCUCGCCUUUUUUGCAUCCGACACUCCAAGCCACGUACAAAAUGUUGCGAGAAUUGAGCCAAUCUGAGUGUUAUCAAAUUGACUUUGUUAUCGACAUCCAUGCACAUAAUAGUCUCACAGGAGCAUUUAUUUAUGGCAAUACUUACGACGACGUCUAUCGAUAUGAACGACAUUUGGUGUUUCCGAGACUUUUGGCAGCCAAAUGUCAUGAUUUUGCGCCGGAAAACAUGAUUUUUAAUGCGGAUGACAGGAAAUCGGGGACUGCAAGACGAUUUUUUUGCGAAAAUUUGCCGGAUACGGUGAAUUCCUAUACUUUUAAUGUGUCGAUGAGUGGUUAUCAUAUCAAAAAUACGAAAAUUUUCACGCAAUAUACCGAAGAUGGAUACAUCCGUUUGGGUCGCAAUCUCGCCCGUGCCUUCCUCGAAUACUAUCGCUUCACAAAUGUCCUGCAAAUUCCAACGCUGAAAGAGCUCAUGGCGAAUCGCAAACGUUCAAAAAAGGAUCGCAAUCGUGGUUAUCGACGAAAACAAGAAGAAUAUCAUCCUCGACCUCGUACCACGCGUUCCUCGGCUCCCAUCAACUAUUUUGACCUUGGCAUCGAUUACUACGCCAGCGAUUCAUCGGAUGACGGCUCGCCCGUUCGUUAUCCCUUCCAUAAUUCGCUCAACAGACCAAAGCCGUUGGCAACGAUGCAAACUAUUACGGACCAAUUUUCGCUCGUGCACAUCAAAAAUUCCGCAUUUAAUCAACUCGACUUCUCGUCGGGACAGCACAAGAUGAAAAAUAUCCCACAGGUUGCGCCAAAAGUGCUCUUUGAGGAGCCACGGAAGCCACAAUUGUCGAUAAUUGACGUGAAUCAACUGACGCGCGGUAGUUUGGAAGAAGCAACGAGCAAAGUGCAAGCGAUUGGAAAGGAAAUUAAAAUAAAAUCGAGAUUUUGA